AAUGUCAUAAUAUAUUGUCAAGGCAACGGCAACAACGGUUUUCCAAAUUCCAAUUCAAAGUUCAAACCAGUUCAAACUUUGAAUUAAUAAUUUUAUUCCGUGUUUGUUUUUGUUGAUUUAUUGUGUUUGUUAUGUUCGACCAUUGUUUGACUAUUAAAAUAUGUAAUUAAAUUAAGUAUAAUGAAGAAAGCUAACACUGAUCCUAAGGUAAAGAAAACUCUCAUUCGCAAUUACGAGCAAAAAAUACCUGUAGUAAAGAAAACGGGAGCAGUCAGUGCUGGAUCAUCAAAGGAAAAAUCUUAUUCUAAUAGAGAUGAACUUGAUCACCCUAAACUAUGUUCCAGUCAAGUUAUAGCUCAUUAUUUGUCGGAUGUAAAGAGAAGCGCUCCACCGCCAACGUCUGCUGAAGAUUUAAGAAUUAAUAAAUCUAAAAUAAGUUCAAAAAUAACUAAAAAGCUAAACUUCCAUUUUAACGACCGAAUAUACAGAGAUCUUGUGGAACUCAAUGCUGAUGACACUAAUAGAAAAAAUAAGAAGGACAAGAAACCAAAGGUAGUAAUGAAAAAGGAUCAAGAGCCAAAUAUAGAGGACUUCUGUCAUGAUGAAAAGGAAGAUGAUCUAUCACCAAACAUUCCUUCAAUAAAACAUAAGUUUAAACCAAUAAGAAGCAUGGAAAGUGGUCAGUUACAUAAGUUAGUUGCAUCUUUUGAGAAUUUAUAGUGUAAUUUUAAUUAUUGGAGAAUCCAAAUAUUGUGGUUAUUAUUAAUCUAUUAUGUAGUUAUGACAAGUCAGUGCAGUAGUAUUGUAAAGCUUGAUAUUGCCUUUUCAAAAUUUUAAAAGUUAAUAAAAUACAUUUAAUUUCAAAA